AUGGUACAGAAUAAGAAUAAAUCCAGUGCGGAACAAUGUGAAGUACAGUCGUCUUCCAGUGAGGAAGAGAUCGAUGGAAGUAAAUACGUGCGCAUGGAAAAAAUUUUGAACAGUUUAUGCUUCAAGAACCCUGGGCCAGCGAAUGAUAUAACCACUUACUUUGGUGGUCAGCGGGCAUCAGAGCAGGAAGUUUUGAAAAGCACAGAAGUGAAGUAUGACAAGCGCGGAUAUAUCAUGGGACUGGAUGUGUGCGACUGUUUAAACGAAAGGUGCGUCGGCUGUUUCUUUCCAUGCAAACAGUGCAAAUCCAACAAGUGUGGUGUACAUUGUAGAGUUAAUAGGAAUUACAUGUAUGAUUCUGCAUACGUGGAAACCAGUAAUGAGCAGUACCGAAAAAACGAGCUUCUUCUUCCGGGUCGUUUCAAGCAAGGAAACCAAGGAACUAGUGGACGGUCCUCUUAA